GGAAGAGGGGAAAUAUCCACGGCGGGAGACUGUUUAUCCAUUUGCAUCCUCGACGGCGCGAGAGUUUUUGCCUGCGGCGACGAUGGCCACCGUCGCGGCGACCAUGGCGGCGCCGACGCGCCACCGCCAGUUCCGCGUGCGCGCCGCCUGGGACAUGAACCCGGGCGCCGCCACCGUCGCCGUGCCGAAGCCUUCAAAGGCCAAGCCCAAGCCCGCCCUGGGGCAGUCGCCGGCGACGGCGACCACCCCGGCGCGCGCGCCCCCUCCCACGCACGCCGACCUCUUCGCGCGCAGCAGCGAGGGCCAAGCAAAGAAGAGCACAUACAUGGGGUUUGAGAAGUGGUGGUUGCCGCCCGCGCCAGAGGUGAAGAAGCCCCGUUCACUCUACAACGCGGCAUCGCUGGCAUACUUGGGGGACUGCAUAUAUGAACUCUAUGCUCGGAGACACUUCUUCUUUCCUCCACUGAGCAUCAAUGAAUACAAUAAGCGUGUGAUGGAUGUUGUGAAAUGUGAAUCACAGGAUCUGCUGCUGAACAAACUCCUGGGAGAGGAUUUUCUAACUGAAGAAGAAAGGGACAUACUUCGUUGGGGAAGGAACAUCGUUAGCAGCAAAACUCGUACAAGAAAACGGGCAGGAAUUGCAGUGUACAAUCGAGCAUCUUCACUUGAAACACUGAUCGGAUAUCUUUACCUCACGAAUUUCAAGCGCUUGGAGCAAAUGAUGUUCCAGUUAGGAUUCACAAGUGGUGCUUCGUCACAGAAUAUUGCAGAUGAGCUGCGCUCAAGCUUCCAGAAAACAACAUCAACUUCUGUACAAUCUCAGCAACCUGCAAAGCGAUGAGCAGUUUCAGUAUGUAAUGAACUGAACUGGAGUUUCUUUGAUGACGCAGCGACUGAUACAAGCACGCGUCACUUGCAGCACACGUGUUCCAAAAGUUAAGACUUAAAAGAAAAAUGAGUGAAUGUUGUUUGCGUGUAGGCAAGAUCGAGUUAGUUGAGGAACAUAUAUGAUCGUGCAUACUGGAGGCCGUGCAAGAGGCUGAUGGUUAUGAUCAGAAGAUUGUGGCACAUCGAGGUCAUGAUGAUUCUGAUCUGAAGAUUGUGGCACAUUAAGGUCAUGAGCACAAUUGAGACCCAAGCUUUGUGUGGAUUCCGUGUAAGAUGUGAGAUCUAUGGAAUGAAUUGAUGUUGAAUGCUGAUAUAAUCUCAGUUUAUUCUAGGGUAUAUUUCCCAUUC